AUGACUUCUCUAACUUCUGAAAUCCUACAAGACAAUGUCUUUGGUAUUCUAAACGCUGCCGAUCGCCAUCAAUCGGUAAUGGCCAUGCCGCGGUCGUCUGAACACUUGGAUGACGACGAAGGUGCGCUUGAUGAGUUUGUUCGUACCGGUGGUUCGUCGGAUGUCCGGUUCUCGCGUACAUACACUCUCACACACAUUGUGCACGAGCUACGCUAUGUAAUCAAGGACGAGGGACUUUUGGCCAAGUACUUGAGCUCUCACCCGGCACCUGUGAUCAUGGAGUCCCACCAUGGAACUAUGGAAGAUACGUCGCUCGCCUUCCCCCAGUACAUUCAAGUUUCGGAACCUACCCGUUUUUCGAGACCUAUGACUUGUAUCCCUGACUACUUGGACAAGAUUCUCCAGAACAACUCGGGGCGACACAUUAACAGUCACGUAUUUACCGAGGACCUGACCCGCUAUUUGUCGGGCGUAGACAGCAUCGAAUCCCUUAUGUUUAUAUUCAAAGUAAGCAAUAUGCACUUGUUGUCCAAGUUCACUCAUUUGAGAGCCCUCGAGGUGUGUCAGAGUGGGCUCGAUUUGGAACAGCUACCACCGUCAGUCCUAUUCCUGCGAGUACCGAAACUACCGGAUCGCGUUCCCCAAAAGCCACCAACCUCCGACUUGUCGAGACCCACGAGCCGGUCGAUACCAGCACCCAAGCUGUGUGGCGCCGAGUGA